CAAGACCUCCCAUAUGCUACUUAGCGUCCCGUUCGGUUCGGCAAACCUCCUGUCCGCCAGCAGAGGAGAAGGUGUCCGCUCCUUCCUCCACGGAAUCGCAGUUUUCUUCGCCCCGUCGCCGCGUGACGGAGUCGUUUCUCGUCCGAGAGGUAUCAUCGGGGCACCAGACGCGAAUCAGGUCGUCGUUGUCGGCUGUUGGUCGCGUCCGUAUCCGAGAUCGUCGCUGAUCGUCGCGCGUAUCGAACACUCCACCGCGUACGGGGUGACGCGGACGGAUCGAGUUAACGCUCGAUACAAAAUCGAACACGCCCGUGAUCCUGACACGCGAUCAUAGACAGGGAAACCACAGACGAGGGUGAUGACGAGAAGCGUUCCGUUCCUCCUUCUGGCGUUAGUGUUCCUGUCGAGACACCUCGACGUACACGCUCGACACUUUACCGAGGACCACGAUGACGAUGGUGCACUCGGGGACACCUGGUCCCUGGCCGAUCUAACCGAAGGCAACGAUCACGAUGCCCGCAGAGACGAGGCUCUAGAGAAGCUGCAACAGGUCCUAGGGAUUCGUAGUCACGGCGAAAAGACGGGACGUCGCAAGGUGCCUCCGCAGUUCAUGAUGGAGCUGUACAACAACGUCGCCGAUCCCAGCGGAGUCACCCGGGGCAAAAAUCCGUACAAUGCUAAGGUUGUUCGCAGCUUCAUCGAAAGAGACACAUCCAUGUCGCGGUUCUACUUCUUCAACAUUACGGGACUGGAGGUGAACGAGUCCGUGUUGGAAGCGGAACUCCACCUCUAUCGAAAGAGAACAGCCUUGACAGCCAUGCAUCCGUCCACCGUUGCCUCUCCUUACUACCUGAUAAGGGUGUACCAAGUGUUGGACGAGAGGAGCUUGGACGUCCCAGAUCUCCACAGGCUGCUGAACGUUAGAUACGUCGGAGCACAUGCUUCUGGUUGGCAGAUAUUCAACGUGAAACAAGCGGUUCUCGCCUGGAUGAACGGUGAGCCUAACCUCGGCCUCCUGGUGACGGCUUCCACCUUGUUCGAGGACCAGGUGAACGUGGAGUUCUCGCGACGAAACGAUUACCACCACAGCAAGCAACCGAUCCUGGUGCUGUUCGACGACGACGGCAAGACCCAUCAAGCCAACAAAAAGAUCGUUCCUCGUUACUACGCGUACGGCAACGACAACGAGAUCGAGGGGGAGGUGUCGUAUGACGAGGACGACGAGAAGAUCGACCUGAAGAACGAGUAUACAGACAAAAGACACGAUGGACGACAUGGCCAGGCGGAAGAAGCUCAAUGGGAAAGCGGAAACGCGUCUGAAUAUUUCCAAAGACAGAAGAGGACGCAGAAGAGAGGCUCGACGACAGAGGAAACAAUUGGAAGUGAAGAGGUUGCCGAAACCUCCAGACGUCGACGCAGAGAAGCGAUGCCCCCUUGGAAGAACCCGUAUCAAAUCUCGUUGUCGAACGACGGGUUGCCUCCAAGCUACUUCACAUCGAUAGACGUUUACAGAAGAGCUAUGCGUCGAAACAGGAUGAGGAACAGUUUCCGACGAAAAAUGAUGCCACGUACAGGUAGCCAGAAUCGUCGCGAAAAGCGAUCCACCAAGAGCCACGCGUCCGUCCAACAGAACGUCACCGAGUGCACUAGGCACGAGCUUUACGUAGAUUUCAAAGAGAUCGGGCUGUCCUCGUCCAUCAUCGCCCCGCUAGGCUAUUCCGCCUAUCACUGCAAAGGUAUUUGCGAAUCGCCUUUGAGCCAGGACCAGCAGCCGACGAAUCACGCGACCAUUCAAGGCAUCGUUCACAAAAUGGGCCUGGUCAAAGGUGUGGAGAGACCCUGUUGCGUACCCACGAAGCUCCUGGGUACCACCAUUCUCUUCUUCGACGACAACGAGAACGUCGUUUUGAAGGUCUACCAGGACAUGAUCGCGGAUCGUUGCGGGUGUCGUUAAGAAUUUCCUCGUUAGAGAUCGUCCUGACGAGUCACCUGUUCUUAUCGCGGAGGAGGUCGACGAAAGCGUCGCACACCCUCUUCCCCGCAACUUUCGCUGGGAACCGGUCCGAGUAAGUCGUGGUACAGUAGUGCUCGGUUAAACGAGGAAAUUGCACCCUGAAUCGACGAGAAAGAAUUCAAGUUCGGUAACCGAGCGCUGUUGCGCUCUCGGUGUAUCUCGUAUCCAAAAAUGAAUUCGCAACUUUUUAAAGUGACAAAUUUUUCAUUUAGUCCAACACUAUUGUAUCAGGAAGAAAUGGAUAGAAAGAGAGAAUGAGCAAACGUAUGCACGUGAGGAAAAUGGGAAGAGAGUGAAUGGACGCAUGACACGUGAAGAUGAUUUCAUUGCGCGCUAGUUACGAGAGUCAUUCCCUGAGAUUCGCCUCGUGAUCGCCCGUUCAAUCAAUCGUCCCCGACUUUUGUACAUAAGAACAUUCCUAAAUUCGCGUACGUAUCGAUCGUACGUAUCAACGAUCAGCACGCGUCCGUAUCGUUAUCUUAUACUUGCCGUUAAAUUAUUACUAUAAUCACACACGCGCACGCGCGCGCGCGCGCGCACACACACACACACGCACGCACGCACGCACGCACGCGCGCGCAGACGUAAGGAGGUAGUCGAAUUGAGAAAUGUAUAUAAACGCUGUAUCUGAUACGUUAGAGUUAUUUAUAUUUUAAUUACGAUUGAAUAAAACAAAUAUUUAAGCGAAACACCUUUCUUUCACCCUCUGUAUCCAGACAUGUGUGACAAAAGCAAGAUAUGUAUCCACUGGUUAUUGGUUACUUUGAUUUGCCUCGACUCGAUCAUUUACUUCAUGACGUGCUAACAAAACCUUGUUACGAAAUAGGGCACGUGUAGGGCAAGAGGGAGGCUUGUACCAAUACAAAGCAAAUCCUGCUCUCGCCCUACUAAAUUACGAAAACAUAUAAUUUUCUUAAUUAUCUUUCUUUUUCUAAAUUCGAGAUUCCCGCGAUAGGACGCAUACCUACACCGUGCGGAAUGAUAAACAGAGCUCGUCGAUUCUAUAUUCGGAGAGGUAUCGUCGCGAGCGCGAUACGUUUAUUUCCAUACUGGACGUGAGGCGAUAAGCCAGGUCCAGGGUGGUGAAUAAACGAAGCCAGGUGAAGAAAACGAGAUUGGAGUUUUUGUUCGAGAGAGACAAUUUCGAAGCGGGCGAGAUCGAGGUGUAAAUUUUACGAGCGAGCCAAUAAAAUAAGCGCGACGGUAACGGUGCCCGGGAGACGAUGACUUUGGCGCCACUGGAUGCAGAAAGGCAGUCGCGGAAUGCU